GGUUAAACGCACAGAGCUCCGGCGCUUAGAGCGUCCACAGAAGCUGAGGAAGGGGGGAGGUGUGGCAAGAGAAGCCACCUUCCUGCCCCCUCCCCUUUCUCUGAGAAACGUGGAGGAAUUUGGGAGGCUGCAGCAGAGAGGCUUAGGGUGCCUUGCAAGGGCUGCUGGGAGCAGUCCUGGAAGCACAGCUAGGAAUAAAGAUGGAGGAAGAGGAACCUUCUGCAGCCAAACCAGAAGACAGCUCAGUGGCAGAAGACGGAGAUGGCCAUGUUGUCCAGGCUGGGACUGUCCGUGAGUUUCUGACUGGGGAAGGCCCUCCACGAAUUAAGCAGGAGCCCGAGGAGGGGCUGCAGCAACGCUGGGAGAGCCAAUGGCAGGAUUUCCUAAAGACGGUAGAGUCACCCCCACAAGAGAGGAGCAGCUCCCUGCAGCCUGACCCAUGGCCAGAGGAUGACACAAUGGAAUGUCGGGUCUCCUUGAAGAGAGUCGCUGAUGUCACGCAGGGGCCAGGAGGAGAGGGUACAGCUCGAACCCAUCUUGAUGUGUGUGGAGAGGUCCAUGAAAACCUGGACUCUUGUGUGAAAGUGAAGGAAGAGAUACUGGAGGAGGAGGAGGAGGAAGCAGCUGAUGUGGAGAACCAACGCCAGCACUUCCAUCAGUUUUGUUACCAGGAUGCUGACGGGCUGCAAGAGGCACCAGGGGCCCUUGGUGUUGUGACUGUAAAAUCUCCAAAAUCGGAGGAAGAGCCACUGGACAUUGUAAAGUUGCAGCUCCCCCUGGAGGUCAAGCAGGAGUAUGACUGGGAGGCAAGCUCAGCAGAAUAUGAUGGUCAGGUACUGAAGAACGAGGAAGAGACCUUUGAGUCGGAAAAACCUGGGGACAUGGAUGUCUGUGGCACACCAUUGGAAAGAGCUGAAGGAAUGUUUUACUGGGGGCCUGGGAUGGAAGAAAAGUCUGGAAGUCAACAGGGGGUAGACUGGCAUUUAGGGAAGAGCGUAAAGCAAGGCUUCCUGUAUGGGGAAGGGGACCAAAACUUUUAUGAAACGACCUUCCCAUUUAGGAAAAAGACGAGUUCCAACAGUGGACAGCAAUGUCACCUGGACAUUGAUCUGCCGGAGGGUCAGCAAAUACAAGCAAAAGAUAAACUGCAUAAAUAUACGCACUGCGGAAAAAUCUCUAACAGCAGCAAAACAUCCCUGCUUCCCCACGAGAGGACCCCCGCAGGAGGGAAAGCAUACAUCUGCUCCGAGUGCGGGAAAAGCUUCGGCUGGAGAACAAACCUUGUUAAACACAAGAGAAUCCACACGGGGGAGAAGCCGUACAAAUGCCCGAGUUGUGGCAAAAGCUUCAAUGCAAAAUCCACCCUGAUCAAACACGAGCGUUCGCACACGGGGGAGAAACCGUAUGAGUGCACAGAGUGCGGAAAAGCCUUCGGUGAAAAGGGGAUACUUGUUAAGCACCUGAGAAUCCACACGGGAGAAAAGCCCCACAAAUGCUCAGACUGCGGCAAGAGCUUUAUCGAGAGGGGCGCCCUCAUUAAACACGAGAGGACCCACACGGGAGAGAAGCCCUACGAAUGUCCCGACUGCGGGAAAACCUUCAGGAUCAGUUGCCACCUUAAACUCCACAAGAGGACGCACACCGGCGAGAAGCCACACAAGUGCUCCGAUUGUGGCAAAAGCUUCAGCGAGAGAGCCUCUCUGGUGAAACACGAGAGAACCCACACGGGAGAGAAGCCGUACGAGUGCUCCGAGUGCGGGAAAAGCUUCCGGAUCAGCUUCCAGCUCGUGAUUCACAAAAGGACUCACACGGGCGAGAAGCCACACGAGUGCUCCGACUGUGGCAACAGCUUCAGGGAGAUCGCCUCCCUUAUCAAACACAAGAGAACGCACACGGGAGAGAAGCCUUACGAGUGCACCGAGUGCGGGAAGAGCUUCAGGACCAGCUUCCAGCUGAAGACCCAUAGAAGGACGCACACAGGAGAGAAGCCAUAUCACUGCCUGGACUGCGGGCAAAGCUUCAGCCAGAGAUCCCGCCUUGUCAUACACGAGAGGACCCACACCGGGGAGAGACCAUACAGCUGCUCUGAGUGCGGGAAGAGCUUCGUCUCCAGCUCUCACCUUCGGAAACACACCAUCGUGCACACAGGAGAGAAGCCCCACCGAUGCUCAUACUGUGAAAAAAGCUUCAGUAAGAAAUCCAACCUUGUUGUGCACGAGAGGAUCCACACGGGAGAAAAGCCGUACGAGUGCUUGGUGUGUGAGAAAAGGUUUUGUAGCUCCUCUGUUUUUCAUAGACACAUGAAAAUCCACCCGGGAGAGGCAUCCUAGGGAUAUUCACGUCCUAGGGAAGAGUUUGGCAUAAAACCCAGAGAACUGAGGGGAGCAUAAUGUAAUGUCACUGGAAUGGGGUGAUAAUGGGAAGGGAAACGUGUUUCAGGAACU